CUGAGGAUGAAAAGUUUGAUCUUCAUCAUCUGCUGUCUCUCCACGUGUCCUCUCACGGUCGCCGGCCGUCACCCCACCUGUAACUUCCUGCUGGAGGUGGAGCGGGACCAGGCGGAGUGUGUGAAGAAGCUGGAGGAGCAGGACGCUGCCGACGGCUCCAACGGUUCUGGAUGUAAAGGGACGUGGGACAACAUCGCCUGCUGGGAGCGGGCGGAGUUUGGAGAAACCGUCACCAUCAGCUGUCCUCGAGUCCUCAAGAUCGUGUUUGGAAGAAACGGGAACAUCAGCAGGAACUGCACGUCGUCCGGAUGGUCGGACGUCUUCCCCAACAUAAGCAGCGUGUGCGGCUCGGACACCAGCCAGGACAAGCUGAUCUUCUACGUGGUCGUGCAGACGUUGUACACGUUGGGUCACAGCCUGUCGUUGAUCGCCCUCACCACUGGGAGCGCCAUCCUCUGUCUGUUCCGGAAGCUGCACUGCACAAGGAACUACAUCCACCUCAACCUCUUCUUCUCCUUCAUCCUGCGCGCCGUGGCCGUCCUGGUGAAAGACGACAUCCUGUUCAGCCGGAGCUCGCAGUGCUCCAGCCAGCCGUCUCUGCUGGGCUGUAAAGCCAGCCUGGUGUUCUUCCAGUACUUCAUCAUGGCCAACUUCUUCUGGCUGCUGGUGGAGGGUCUGUACCUGCACACGCUGCUGGUCGCCAUCUUCUCCGAGAACCGCCACUUCCUGGUCUACCUGUUCAUCGGCUGGGGGAUUCCCACCGUCUUCGUCUCCGCCUGGGUGAUGAGCAGGAUCUAUCUGGAGGACACGGGAUGCUGGGAAAGAAACGAGAACCCCAUACCCAACUGGGUGAUCAACGGACCGAUCGGCUUCUCCAUCCUGGUCAACUUCAUCCAGUUCAUCAGCAUCAUUCGGAUCCUGGUCCAGAAGCUGAGGUGUCCCGACGUGGGCGGAAACGACCAAUCACAGUACAGGAGGCUGGCCAAGUCCACGCUUCUACUCAUCCCCCUGUUUGGGAUCCACUACGUGGUCUUCGUGUCUCUCAGUGAGUCCAUCGCUGAAGACUACAGGAUCUUCUUCGACCUGGCCCUCGGCUCCUUCCAGGGUCUGGUGGUGGCCAUUCUCUACUGCUUCCUGAACAGCGAGGUUCAAACUGAGCUGAAGAGGAAGUGGAGGAGUCUGGGUCUGAACUGCCGUCUGAGCAGGAACGGGCUCCGCAGCGCGCUGGCCUCCAGGAACGGCUCGGACCACAUGGUCAAGUUCCAGCAGCGCUCCAGAGCCCAGUCCAUCCUGCAGUCGGAGACCACCGUGCUGUGA